UGACGCAGUUGUCAAGUCGCUGCUGGUUAAUGUUUACAGUGCGAUUUAUCAGAGAAGUGUCUUGAAGCUCAGUGGAAAUCUUCCCUUUAAUUUAUCGCCAUGAAGCUGCGGGUCCGGAUCAACAGACAGACCUGCAGGGUGGAUAUACAGGGAGAAGAACCCAGUUUGGGAGAGCUCAAAGAUCACAUCAAGGAGAAUAUCCUGUCUUUACACGGACUCAGUGCAGACACAGAGUUCAGUUUGUCUCUGAACGGCUCAGAGCUUCUGUCAGACACCGGUCAGACUCUGUCGUCCUGCGGCAUCGUCUCUGGAGAUCUGAUCUGUGUCAUCCUGCCUGAGUCUGCAGCUGCAGCUGCCGCCGCCACCACUGCUGCCUCCAACGCCGCUGCCGCUGCCGCCGCCACCGCUGCCACCGUAGCUGCCACCGCCCCUGCUGCCGCUGUGACCACCUCAAACUCCUCCACUAGCUCCACCGACCCGAGGACCAGUAGCACAGAGCGCCGGGGGCAACAGCAGCAGAGGCAUUUGAUGGCUGCCGCAACCUCUGACCAGCCCAGCAGCAGCAGCAGCUCUGCAGCCCUCACACAGUCUGAGGAGACCACGGAGAUGCUGGACUCCUCUGAGCCCCCGGUCCCCAGCUGGGAGCCCAUGCUGUGCAGCGAGGCAGAGGAGGGUCAGGCCCCUCUGUCUCUGGAGCUCCUGUACCACUCUGCCCAGACCGCCAGCCCCAGCGACGCCAUCAUGGUGGCCGGAAACCUGCUGAUGCUCGAAACUGGGUUCAUUCCUCAGGGCGGUGAGCUGAAGCCUGCUGAGAUGCCUGAUGGGUGGAGGUCAGCGGGUGGAGUCUUCAAGCUCCAGUACUCACAUCCUCUGUGUGAGAACAGCCUCGCCAUGGUGGUCGCCGUGUGUAUGGGCCCCGUGCUCGUCAUCAACGCCACUCUGAAGGUGAACGAAACCGUGGACACGGUUCGUAAGCUGUGUCUGAAUCCGUCCAGCUACGUGACCGACGAGUGGCCAGGAGAAAGUGCGGCGGCAGCGUUCAAGGACCUGAGCAAACUGUCUCGAGUCUUCAAAGACCAGCUGGCGUACCCGCUGAUCGCCGCCGCCAGAGAAGCGAUGGCGCUGCCGGUGGCGUUCGGUCUGGCUGCUCUUCCUCCGGAGCUCCUCCUCCGAGUCCUCAGGCUGCUGGACGUCCGCUCCGUGGUGAGACUGUCCUCCGUCUGCAGACACUUCAACGGCGCCACCGCAGACUCCACACUGUGGAGACACCUGUACCGCCGGGACUUCACAGAUCCAGAUCCCAGCAGGUCCAGAGACACAGACUGGAAAGAGCUUUAUAAAAGAUAUCACAAGCUCCGCUGUGAACAUCGACACAUCGCUCGCCACCGCUCCCUCCCGCCCUUCCACCGAAACCCCUGGGACAUCUUUGGCUCCGGGCCCACCCCCCUUCACCCACCGCUGCCCGGCAUCAUCGGAGGCGAGUACGACCAGAGACCGCACCUCCCCCGCGGCCCCCUCCCGCCGCACCCCCGCUACGAACCCCUCGGCCCCCUUUUCAACGGGCGACCUCUGAAUGACCUCCGCAGAGCCCGGGCAAUGGGACGACCUGCAGACGUCCGGCGAGGAUUCAUCUGAUGUGGGUCUGGAUUCAGGACUGAUGUGUUCUGUAAUAAAAACCAAGACCUGAAUGAAACCAGAGUCAUCCAUGUGAAAGAGGAAAAGCUUCACUGGUUACGUGAUGUGUUCAGGGUCUGUGAGGAGAAAGGGCCCCGGCUGUCGGGGGCCCCUGAAGCUGCAGCUUCACUGUGAAUCAUUUGUGGUGAUUUUAUUAAAAGCAGAUUUUCUGGGCGUGAAACUGAAA